AUGGCGGAGAUAUCGGUCAAGGACACUCCCAUCGCAGAGGUGAGGAUAGAGGCACUGGUGGUUAUGCGCAUCAUCAAGCACGCCUCGCAGACAUUCCCAACACCAACGACUGGCUUCCUGGUCGGUAUGGACCAUGGGUCGCAGCUCCAAGUCACCAACUCGUUCCCGUACCCAGCCGCCGUCGCAGAGGCGCAGGCAAACACAGAUCCAUACCACCAACAAGACGCAGCGGCGCUCGCAGCAGCAGCCCCCCGUGCAAAGAGCAACGUCGCAUAUCAGGCCGAGAUGGUCAAGUUCCUGCGGGAAAUCAACACAGACGCGCAGAGUGUGGGGUGGUACAUCAGCACGAGCAUGGGCAACUUUGUCAACCAGAACUUCAUCGAGAACCAGUCCUUCUUCCAGCGCGCCACAGACGAAAAGACCGUGGCACUUGUUUUUGACGUAUCUAGGAGCAGCCAGGGCAGCUUGUGCUUGAAGGCAUACAGAUUGUCACCAAGCUUCAUGGCUGCAUACAAGGAGGGCAAGUUCACCACCGAGAGCAUCCAGAAGUCCAAGCUACGAUACCAAGAUAUCCUUGUGGAGCUGCCACUUCAAGUCCACAACUCUCACCUCCUGACUGCAUUCCUCCACCAACUACCACAGCAGCCACCACAAAAGUCCGAGCUCGAAUUCCCAUCAUCUCUUGCCGAGCUUUCCCGGGACCCCAGCAUCACAUCCACGCCACUUGCACCAAACCUCGAAAGCCUGGAUCUUUCGAUCGAUCCAUUCCUCGAGAAGACUUGCGAUCUCCUCCUUGAGAGCAUCGAGAACCACCAAACCGAGAACAACAACGCACAGUACUAUCAGCGAUCCUUGGCGAGAGAGCAGGCCAAGAUCCAGCAAUGGCAACAGAAGCGCAAGUCCGAGAACGCUCUUCGUGCGCAACAGAAGCAACCACCUCUCCCAGAAGAUGAGUGGCAAAAGCUGUUCAAGCUUCCACAAGAACCGUCACGCCUUGAGUCUCUGCUUGUUGGCAGGCAGGUCGAGCAGUAUGCCAGACAAGUCGAUGGCUUCUCGGCAACUGUCAGCGCAAAGAUGUUUGGCGUGAAAGGCAACCUUCUUCCUGGCGAGACUGCUUAA